CCAGCAUGUUCGUAUGUGACAAAAACUUUCUAUGAUGAAACUUGUAGUUAUUUUUGUCACACUAUGUUGCUGUUUUAAAAUUGAAAGGUGCCUCCUUAGAACAGAAUCCAUGGCUUUUAGAUUUGCAUUGAUAUAAAAUGUGCAAAUCUGGUCCCAACUGAAGAGAUGCGGCGUGGGGAAGUGUCCCCUCAAGCUUUUCAGGCUCCUGUGGACGUGCACGCCAGUGCCGACGGACAGGUGUAUACAUUCUGUGGCAGACAGGAAGAACUGGCUGUGUCCUCUGAGGACGAGGAGCUCAACAUCAUGGAACUCCGUCCACGGAACCAAGAAUCCUCCUCCCAGGAGAGAACCAGGGUGGGAGAGCUGUUGCUGCUUGAGACACCCAUCUCACAGGAGGACAGUCUCAACAAACUUGCCCUACAGUAUGGGUGCCAGGUGGCUGACAUCAAGAGAGUAAACAACCUGAUCAAAGACCAGGACCUUUAUGCACUUAAAUCCAUCAAAAUCCCAGUGAAGAAACAUGGCCUGUUGACUGAGUCUGUGGCCGAGCUGAAGGGUCCCCAGCAGUGUGCUCUGUCCAGUCAACCGCUGCCUGCUGCCCCUCUGUUGGAUGCCACUGGGGCUGGUCCCUCCACCAGGCUUCAGGUCCAGGAGUACACAGACUUCUUUAGGGAAAUGGACAGUGACAUUGAGCACCUGAUCCAAAGUACAGAGGCUCAGGAGGAGGUGUACGCAGGUGGCUCUGAUGGAGCUUGGCAGUGGGGCUCCAGAGGUCAGCGUCUGAGUAGCUAUGGCGCCGACUGGGGCAUCCACUGGUGCAAUGCAGUGAUAGCGAUGUUGCUCAUUGGUGUUGUCUUGCCAAUUUUCUACGUGGUGUACUUUAAAAGUAAAGAGAAUGGGGAGUCUUCAGCAGAUGAUGAUACGGUGAACACCACUUUAGCUACCUCAAAUAAUUCAGGGGCAAGUCCCAGGACAGAGUAUAAUUAGGAACCACAUCCACAAACCAAACACAAAUAAGCACAAGACAGUGUUAGGGGGAGUCGUAUAAUUUGACUGCUUCAUAGACUGACAGUGUUUAACAGUUCAGAAAACCAUGCCAGUGGUCAAAGAAUUUCAGGAAUGCUUUAGUUAAUUUAUCCAGUACACAAUUUCUUAAUUAAAUAAAUGUUAACUUGCAUUGUUUAAAAACAAUUGCCCAGAGAUAAUAGUAUUACAAAUAUUAAACAAGAGUCCGAACAGGACUGUUGGCAUUAUGGAAAUGAGAUAAUACUAAUCUCUCCCCAACAUAUUUCAUUUACUAUUGCCAAGUUAGUGUUUUGGGGUAAAAUAUGACUUUAGAUGCACAGAUUGUUAUUUUGAUGAGUAAACAGUGAAACUUAGAAACAGAGUAACAGAGAAAAUUAAACAGUAUUGAAUAUAGGAAUCAAACACUUUUCAAGUAAAAAAGUAUUUUUAAUAAUGCCAAAGAAUAAUAAUUCAUGAGUCAUGAAUAGUAGUCAGUGUACAGAACUGAGUUACCACUGGAGGUGUGGCAGGUCAGUCAUGUUAUGCCUGAAUAGACUAUGCAUGCGCACACAUACACACCAGUAUACAUUAAUUUAAUUUACAGUUUCUAAAAAUCUUUGAAAAAGUUUUUAUUUGUACAAAAAAUGCUCUUGACUAGAUCUUCAGUGGUCUUUAUUUUGGUUUAUUGCUAACGAAAUGGACAUUGACACAAUUAGAAUAAUAGAACUGCUCCCUUUCUUUAAAUGAAUGGGAUGAAUUUUGGUUAACACUUUUUGGGGGAAAAUAGUGUUUUUUUUCAGUGUAUUGUCUGAAAAUCUAAAACCAGUGGUGCUACAUGUAUUCUUUGUGCAUUGCCAUAUAAAGUGCAAAAAUUAUCUUGAAGUGAAUGAAAUCAAAAGUAUAAUGCCAUACUUUACUACCACAAAAUAAAUAGAUGCUAAAAAUAAAUCGUAA